AUGCAGACAAAAGACUACGCCACACUCCGAUGCAACAUCAUAAAAGUAUCAAAAAUUCCCGACAUGGAAGUUAACAAAUGUCUUCAAGAAGUUCUUCAAUCGAUGAAAGUUAUGAGGUCUCAGACAGAGAACACUGUGCGCCUAAAAUGUUCAAAAACAAGGCCAGACCGGAUUGCGCAGUUGGCACCACGAGGGGAUCUCCCUCUUGGACGACCACGUAAAGGCUCACCAAUACGUAAACUAGUGCCGAGAUCAUCCCGAAAGAAAAAACAGGGUCUCGAACAGGAACCUACACCGCUACCCAAUUACGGAACGGACGAUGUCAAUUUUUGCGCAGUCUGCUUUAGACGGGAUCCAAGAAAUCCUUCGGAUAAAGAGAACACUAUGUGGCUAAAAUGCACCGUUUGCAAAAGAUGGGCGCACGAAGAUUGCACAAACGGUGAAGGGUCCCCAUGUCCUUUGGAUGAUGGCGUUUACUGUUGUUCGUUGGUAAAUGAUCACGAAUAG